AUGCCCGAAAAAUGGCACCGUUCAAGUCCCCUCAGUCUUCGGGCACAAAAAAAGUUCAAACAGGCUUCAGUACUGUCAUUCUUCGGCAAGAACAAAUCAGCAGCAAGCACCCCCAUCAAAAAACCUCUAGAAAAGUCCUUAUUUGUGGAGAAUGAUAUGAAUACCGAUGGUGAGUCAGAUUUUGUAACUGCCAUGGAUCAUACCGCAGAUUCUUCAACGACUCAAGUGAUGGACAAUACCACCUUGGAGAAUUCCAAGGUGACAACGGAUAACCCAGCUCUUCGUGACGGGACGGACGAAAAAUCUGCUACGGUGGCUACGGUAGGUGGUUUCCCCGAGAUUGAGAAGGAUAAUGAUCAUCUGACGAAGGAGAAUGUGUUGUCUGGAGCUAGCGAAAUUGAGAGCCUAAACGGCGAGGGCAAAAGGGCAACUAAGAGACAGGUUAGCUAUGUAGAAUCGAGCGACGACGACGAGGACUUACGAGCAUUAAAACCAAGAAAGAGGAAUAGAAGCCAAAUAUCAAGUGACGAUGAGGGGGAGGAGGAGGAGUACGUCCCACCCCAGGAUGGGCAAGGAAGUGAUGACGACGAAGAAGAGGAUGAUCAUCAAGAUGCAAGUCCCUCAGAAGCGCAAGACGAACUGAAGGAUAAAAAGCACGGACCCUCGAGCGAGGAGGAAGAUGACGGCGAUGAGGAUAUACUGCGGCUUUCUGAUCGGAAACCGAGGUCCACCGGCCGCAUCAACUCCACGACCAGCGUGCAACCCUUGCCGUUACGGAGACCUAAUAUUCAAAAUACCAAUCCUAGCAAAGUCAAUAAAGGAAAACAUUCCAGUUUUAAUAAGGAAAAUGAACAGCGCUAUCAGUGGCUUGUAGACGAACAGGAUGCUAACGGAAGAUCCACAGAUGAUCCUGACCAUGAUCCGAGAACGCUUUACAUUCCACCUUCAGCAUGGGCCAAGUUUACUCCUUUCGAGAAGCAAUAUUGGGAGAUAAAGUCUAGAAUGUGGGAUUGUAUUGUUUUCUUUAAGAAGGGGAAAUUCUUCGAAAUGUAUGAGAAGGACGCCAUGCUGGGAAAUCAUCUAUUUGAUUUGAAAAUUGCAGGUGGUGGGCGUGCUAACAUGCAAUUGGCUGGUAUACCAGAAAUGUCAUUUGAUUAUUGGGCCAUGCAAUUUAUACAACAUGGCUACAAAGUCGCUAAAGUUGACCAGAGAGAAUCCAUGCUUGCCAAAGAAAUGAGAGAUGGCAACAAAGGAAUUGUGAAACGCGAGCUACAAAGUGUCCUGACUUCAGGAACACUCACUGAUUCGGCUAUGCUACAGUCUGACCAAGCAACUUACUGCUUGGCAAUUCGAGAGGAAGUCGGCAACUUUUACGAUAUUGAGAAUGGUAUUCAAACUUCGGGCCACAAUGAUAGUAAACUUUUUGGCGUUGCUUUCAUAGAUACUGCCACGGGUGAAAUCGAGAUGUUGGAGUUUGAAGAUGACAGCGAGUGUACAAAGUUGGACACUGUGUUAUCUCAGGUAAGGCCAAAAGAGAUCAUAAUGGAGAAGAAUAAUCUAUCCAAUAUGGCUCACAAAAUAGUCAAGUACAACGCCCAACCUCAAGCUCUUUUCAAUUAUUUGAAAGCAGCAGACGAAUAUUAUGAUUUCAACCGAACUUUUGAUGAACUAACUUCUACCGAGAACCGCUACUUCACUGACAUGAAUGAAUGGCCGGCAAUUUUGAAAACAUAUUAUGAGAAAAGUAGGAAAGUUGGAUUCUCUGCUUUUGGUGGACUGCUUUCUUAUUUGAAAUGGCUCCAACUUGACAGCUCUUUGAUUUCAAUGAAAAACAUCAAAGAGUAUAAUCCCAUUAGAUCUCAAACAUCCUUAGUAUUGGAUGGUGUAACUCUUCAAAACUUAGAAAUUUUUGGAAACUCAUUUGACAAUUCGGACCGGGGAACUUUGUUCAAACUCUUGAACCGCGCAAUAACUCCCAUGGGCAAGAGAAUGCUCAAAAAAUGGGUUAUUCACCCAUUGUUGCAGAAGGACGCCAUAGAAAGGCGCCUGGAUAGUGUUGACUUAUUAUUAAACAACAUCGAUCUAAGAGAGAUACUUGAAGAAUCUUUUAGUGCACUUCCAGAUCUCGAGCGUUUCCUAGCACGUAUUCAUUCUGGGAAUUUGAAGAUUAAAGAUUUCAAUAGAGUUAUUGAAGGAUUUGAAACUAUUGUGGCACUUUCAGAAAAGGUAAAUGAGCAUGAUAUGACGGGUUCAUUGGCGCUUUUCAUAAAGCAAAUACCCCAGUCUUUGAAAAACUAUGUCAACAAUUGGAGCCAUGCAUUCGACAGAAAAAAGGCCGUUGAAGAAGGCGUCAUAAUUCCUGAAAAAGGAGUUGAGCCCGAUUUUGACGAAUCCUUACAACAUAUUAGAAAUGUCGAAGUCGAACUAGCAGAACACCUUAGAUCGUACAAAAAAUCUUUUAAGACAGCGAACAUUCAGUACAAAGAUUCUGGGAAAGAAAUUUACACUAUAGAAAUCCCAAUAACUGUGACAAAAUUGGUUCCAUCUGACUGGAUUCAGAUGGGCGCCAAUAAGUCAAACAAGAGAUACUAUUCGCCAGAGGUGGCUAAGCUUGCAAGAACUAUGGCUGAAGCUCGUGAAACGCAUAAAGUUCUUGAAGAGGGAUUGAAGAGCAGAUUAUACCAAAAGUUCAAUUGCCAUUAUCAAGAAACUUGGAUGCCUGCCUUGACAGCUAUAUCAAAGAUUGAUUGUCUAUUAUCGUUAGCAAGAACAUCUGAAGCUCUCGGGUUUCCUUGUUGCCGGCCCCAGUUUGUUGAUGAGUGCGAUCCAAAUACCGGUAAUAAACUUAAUGGUUUUAUAAAAUUCAAAGAAUUGAGACACCCUUGCUUUAAUCAGGGAAUUACCACAACAAGAGAAUUCAUUCCUAACGACAUUAACUUAGGAGGCGAAUCACAUCAAGUUGCUCUGCUAACUGGUGCAAAUGCGGCUGGUAAAUCUACAGUUUUGAGAAUGACAUGCAUUGCUGUAAUCAUGGCCCAAAUUGGGUGUUAUGUUCCAGCUGAAAGUGCCGUUUUGGCCCCGAUAGAUAAAAUCAUGACCAGACUUGGUGCUAAUGACAACAUUCUUCAAGGUAAAUCAACUUUUUUCGUGGAGCUUUCGGAAACCAAAAAGAUAUUAGAUGCGGCUACAAAUAGAUCUUUGCUAAUUCUUGAUGAGUUAGGAAGAGGAGGUUCCUCAAGUGACGGCUUUGCGAUAGCCGAGAGCGUUUUGCAUCAUGUGGCGACUCAUACACAAAGCCUAGGAUUUUUUGCCACACAUUAUGGUGGGCUUAACGUGGGAUUCAAACACCAUCCACAGGUUAUCCCACUAAAGAUGGAUAUUCUUGUUGACGAGAGUUCCAGAAACAUCACCUUUUUGUAUAAACUAAUCAAAGGACAAAGUGAGGGCAGUUUUGGAAUGCAUGUUGCUUCCAUGUGUGGGAUUUCGAAGCACAUAAUUGAAAAAGCGCAAAAUGCUGCCGACAAUCAGGAGCAUACAUCCUUGUUAAUAAAGGAACGUCAAAAAGGCGCUAGCGGCUUCGAUGAAAGCAGGAUGAUUCCGUUGGGUCUACAAAGCGACUUUGUUAGGUUGGCUUACGGUGAUGGCCUGAACGCUGGCACCAAAGGUUGUGGCGAGGGCGCUGCAUUUUAUGACAAUAGGAUUAAAGCCAACGUAUUGAAAGCCUUGUUUUCUAUGAUAGAAGGGCUUGAAUGA